AGAAACCCGCCUCCUCCCUACUCUCUCUCUCUUCUUCUUCUUCCUUUCCAGAGGAACUCGGCCUCUCUCUCUCUCUCCCUCUCUCUGCUCUUUUUCGCUCUCCCUCGUCUUACCCAGAAGCGGCGGCGACGGAUUGAGGCGGCGGAGGCGACGGAUGAGGCGGCGGCGGCGGCGAUGGAUGAAGCUGCGGCGGCGGUGACGGAUGAAACUGGCGGUGAUUACGAUGACGAACGGUAGGCGACGGUAGAAGAAGAAGAGGUCACCGCCGGCGAAGCUGCUGCCUGCUGGUGGGUGGAGGCUGCG